AGUAGUAUUUUAGCGCUAAAGCGCCGCAGUGGUUUGACACAUCUGACGUUCCGUCCUGGGGGGAGUUGGUCACGUGACAAUCACAAACCGGACCCAGACCAUAACAAGGAAGUGUGUAUGUUUCUACUGACGUGUGGACUUCAUGUAAAGAUGAAGGGUUUAGCCUUCCUAACAGCGUUCCUCUUGUGCUCCUGUGCGGCUCAAGACGAGCCGAUCAGGGCUUUCGUGGUCCCCCACAGCCACAUGGACGUGGGGUGGGUGUACACCGUCCAGGAGAGCAUGCACGCCUACGCGGCCAACGUGUACAGCAGUGUGACUGAGGAGCUUUCCAGAGACGCGCGGCGGCGCUUCAUCGCGGUGGAGCAGGAGUUCUUCAGACUGUGGUGGGAGACGGCCGCCACAGACACUCACCAGAGACAGGUACGACAGCUGGUGAAGGAGGGCCGUCUGGAGUUCGUUCUGGGGGGUCAGGUGAUGCAUGACGAGGCCGUCACCGACCUUGACGACCAGAUCUUGCAGUUGACCGAGGGCCAUGGUUUCCUGUACGAGACGUUCGGCGUGCGCCCCCGGUUCUCCUGGCACGUCGACCCCUUCGGCGCCUCGGCGACCACGCCCGUGCUCUUCGCCCUCGCCGGGUUCCACGCCCAUCUCAUCUCUCGCGUCGACUACGACCUCAAGGACAGCCUGCAGAGGGACAAGAGGUUGCAGUUUGUGUGGCGGGGGUCUCCGUCCCUGAGAGACCAGCAGCAGGAGAUCUUCACCCACGUCAUGGACCAGUUCAGCUACUGCUCCCCCUCACACCUGGCCUUCUCCAACAGCUCUGGGUUCUACUGGAACGGCGUGGUCGUGUUCCCCGACCCGCCCGCAGACGGCGUCUACCCCAACAUGAGCCUGCCCGUUACCGAGGCGACGGUGCAGGCCUACGCCCAGACGAUGGUGGACAACAUCAAGCUGAGAGGGGCGUGGUUCCGGACCGACCACGUGCUCUGGCCCUGGGGCUGUGACAAACAGUUCUACAACGCCUCGGUCCAGUUCAGCAACAUGGACCCCCUGAUGGACUACAUCAACCACCACUCCCAGGAGCUCGGAGUGACCGUCCAGUACGCCACUCUCAGAGAGUACUUCCACGCCGUCCACCAAUCAGGGCUCUCCUGGGACGUCAGGGGGAAUGAAGACUUCCUGCCUUAUUCCACUGAGCCGAACCAGGCCUGGACGGGCUUCUACGCCUCCCGGAACGCUCUGAAAGGCCUGGCGCGUGGAGCUAGCUCGCUGCUGCGCGCCGCGGAGGCCCUCUUCGCGCGCUACAGGGUUAGCCUCCCCGACGGUCCCGUGGCUAGCGACUGGGCGCUGGCCAGGCUCCGGGCUCUGCGCUGGGCCGUGUCCGAGGUCCAGCACCACGACGGCAUCACGGGCACCGAGGCCCCGCGGGUGGAGCAGAUGUACCAGCAGCACCUCCACCAGGCCGCCAGGGGGGUGGAGGAGGUGGUGGCCGCCCUCCUCCCGCUGCCCCACCGCGGGCCCGGCCCGGCCCCCCACCGCCAGGAGAGAGGCCCUAACGAGGCGACGGAGCAGCACGUCAUCGUCUACAACCCGCUAGCGUGGAACAUCACCACCGUCGUCAACGUCACGGUAACCUUCCCCAUGGCGACGGUCUUCGACGACGAAGGACGGCCCGUGGCUGCACAGAUCCAGAGGUCGGCACAGCCCGCCCUGACCUACGACCUCUUCGUGGUCGUCACCCUGGGGGGUCUGCAGCACAGGAAGUACCUCCUCAGGCUGUCCCGGACGCCGUGUGGCGCCGGCUCCAGCUGCGGAGCCACCUACGCCCCCGCGGGGGUACGGUUGGAGGCCCGGGGCCCGGGGCCCGCACAGGAAACAGGACGGAGGCUGCUUCCUGUUCUGAACGACUGCCACACGCUGAUGUUUGACCAGGACACCAACCUGCUGCACAGCAUCACAGACCGGCUGGGGAACCGAACGGUCCUGCUGAGCCAGGAGUUCUGGGAGUACCGCGCCAACGGGGACGUCGGCGCCGGGCCCAUCUCUGAUAACUACGUCUUCACGGCCGUGGGCCCCGCGGUCAGGGCCCACCGGGCGGUCCGCAUGGAGAUCCUACCUGGCAGGGUGGUGACGGAGGUCCGACAGACCUUCUACAGAGAGGAAGGCGACGCAGACUCCGCCUUCUCCAUCACCACCCGCGUCCCGGCGUCCUUUGCGGGCGGGCCCCCGUGCGGCGUGCUGGAGCAGCGGUACUCCCUGGGGCCUCUGGAGCUCAACACGGAGGUGGUGCUGAGGACGGCCGCGGCCCUGCGCACCAACCGGACCCUGGUCACCGACGGCAACGGGUACCAGAUGAUGAGGAGGGAGCACCGCGACUUCCCCAACAACACCGUGGCGCGGAACUUCUACCCCAUGGUGCGGGCGGCCUACAUCGAGGACGACCGCAGCAGACUGGUCCUGCUCAGCGAGAGAGCUCACGGAGUCUCCAGCCAGGCCAGCGGUCAGCUGGAGGUGAUGCUCCACCGGCGGCUGUGGAACAACCUCCCGUGGAACCGGGGCUACAACCUGACGCUGAACGACAGCUCGCUGGUCCAGCCCGUCCUCUGGCUCGCCCUGAGCUCCCUCGCUGCCAGUCCCCGCCUCCACCAGCGGGGGGCGGUAGAGCUGCAGAACCGGCCUCUGGUCGUGGCCAUCAACCAGCCACAGAAAAGAGGGGAGAGCCAGUCCAAUGAACCCCCUAAAGCCGAGAGGCCCCGGUCUGGGCGGGGGGAGGCGUCCGGGGGGGGGGUUCCGGUGCGACCGGUGGUCCUCCCCCCAAACCUUCACCUGCUGAGCCUCAGCAUCCCCGGGUGGAACUACAGCUCCCAGCAUGCCCGUCACCUCCUCCACCUGGACUCAGGUCCAGGUCUCCGGCCCCAGCCGGACUACGAGCGCGUCCUAAUGAGGAUCAUGCAUCUGUUUGAGGAGGGAGAGGACCCCGAGUUCUCCAAGCCCGUCUCCGUGGACCUAAAGGAGGUCCUGCUGGGGGUGGGGGAGGUGCGGGCCGUGGAGGAGCGCUCCCUGACCGGGACCUGGGACGUCCAGGAGCUGGACCGCUGGACCUGGAACACACACCCUGGAUCAGCGGACGAGGGGCCGUGCGGACCCCCGCUGGAGGGGUUCAACGUGACCAUCGCCCCCAAGCAGAUCAGAACCUUCUUCGUUCACUUCAGGACCUCCGGCCUGUAGGCUCUGGGGCUCACCUGGUCUCCACACCUGGUCUCCACACCUGGUCUCCACACCUGGUCUCCACACCUGGUCUCCUCACCUGGUCUCCUCACCUGGUCUCCUCACCUGGUCUCCACACCUGGUCUCCACACCUGGUCUCCUCACCUGGUCUCCACACCUGGUCUCUACACCUGGUCUCCACACCUGGUUUCCUCACCUGGUCUACACCUGG